AUGCCAAGGACAGGGAUGGGGGAGGAAGAAACUGACAGUGAAGAAAAGAAGGGGGAGGGAGAAGACUCUAGAUGGAAAGUGGCAAUCCUUAAAUAUUUAUGGGCCCUUGCUUUAACUUGCACUUUCCAUCCAUGUCUGUCACAAGUGCCAUUUGCAAAUCCAGGACUGUCAACUUUUAACACUGGUUUUACAAACAGUGGGUUUUCUGGGAUCGGCAGUGUAGAUGGCGGCACAUUAAGUAUUCCUAGUUUCAGUACAUCUGGAGCAGGGACGGGAAUUCCCAUUACAACGGGAGGAGUAACUACAGUAGGCGGGCCGGGCAUAGGACUAGUAGAUGGAAGUUUCGGGUCCGGUGGAGUGAUAGGGGGAACUGGCGGGGUAGUGCCUUCUUUUGCAGGAGGAGUUGAUGGCUUUGGAGGCACUGGUGAAGGUUUCACUGUUGGAGGUGGUUUAGGAGGUGGCGGAGCUCCUGGUGCCGGUGGCACAUUUGUUGGGAGUGGUGCUGGCGGAGGCUUUCCUUCUUUUGGCGGAGGAGUUGGUGCAUUUGGAGGUCCAGGCAGUGGAUUUACUUUCGCCGGUAGUGGAGGAGGUCCUGCUGCUCCUGGCGCCGGCGCCACCUUUUUUGGAGGUGAUGGAUUUGGAGGACCCGGCGGUGGAUUUGGAGGACCAGGUGUCGGAUUUGGAGGACCUGGCGGUGGAUUUGGAGGACCUGGGGGCGGAUUUGGAGCAGCCGGUGGCGGAUUUGGAGAUGGUGGCGAAGGAUUUGGUGCUGGCGAAGGAUUUGGAGCUGGCGGUGGAUUUGGAGCUGGCGAUGGAUUUGGAGGAGGUGGCGAUGGCUUUACUUUUGUUGGUGGUGGAGGUGGUGCUGGGGCUCCUGGUGGUGCUGUACAAAUUAUUGAUGCUGGAACUGCAGGACUUGGAAACGGUGGAUUAGGAGGUAUUGGCACUGGAGGAGUCACCGUUAUCAAUGGAGGUGGCAUUGGAGGAGGCGGAAUUGCACCAGGUAUUGGAGUUGGAGGGGGUACUGGAAUAGGAGGACCAGGAGGUGUCACUAUUAUAAACGGCCAAGGAGGUGCUCUGGGCACAGGUGGGGCUUUUGUUGGACCGGAUCCCUUUGCUGGAGGUGGACUUGGUGUAGGCACAGGGGGAACUAUAGCCACAGGCGGUACAGGUCUACCAGCCGGUAGCUUUGUAGGUCCAGAACCAGUAAUUCCUGCCACAUCUGUAACAACAGUUAUACCAGGAGGCGGAUUAGGAGUGGGCGGGAGUCUGGGUGGAAUUGGCAAUCUUGGUGGAAUCGGAGGAUUGGGUAGUGGGGGAGGGCUUGGAGGUGGGGGUCUAGGAAUUGGUAAUUUUGGAGGUGGAUUAUCUGGUGUUGAUGGAGGAUUAGGGGUUGGAUUAGGAGGUGGAGGACUUGGAGGAGGAUUAGGUGGUGGUCUGGGAGGUGGGGUAUUAGGAGGUGGUGGUCUGGGAGGUGGGGGAUUAGGUGGUGGUGGUCUUGGAGGUGGGGGAUUAGGGGGAUUUGGAGGUGGGGGAUUAGGUGGUGGUGGUCUGGGAGGUGGGGGAUUAGGGGGGUUUGGAGGUGGGGGAUUAGGUGGUGGUGGUCUGGGAGGUGGGGGAUUAGGGGGAUUUGGAGGUGGGGGAUUGGGUGGUGGUGGUUUGGGAGGUGGGGGAUUAGGGGGAUUUGGAGGUGGGGGAUUAGGUGGUGGCCUGGGAGGUGGGGGAUUAGGGGGAUAUGGAAGUUUAGGAGGCCUAGGGGGUGGUGGAUUAGGAGGAUUCGGUGGUGGCUUGUAUGGUGGGGGGGGGGGUGGUGGUCUUGGUGGGGCCCUUGCUAGUGGUGCAUUAGGUGGAGGGGGUGGAGGAUGGUGGUACUCCUUUACUCAGAGUGCUUGGUUCCCUUUUGCGAUAGCUGCUGCAGUUAUCGCUGCUGGACAGGCCGCGAGUGGCAGUGGCGGGGGUCUUUUUGGAUUCUUUGGAGGAGGCAGCGGUAGCGCUGCCGCGGGAUCGGCAGCGGCAGGUAGCAGCGGUGGUACUGUCGCUGUCACUCCGGCGCCCGUCAGUAGUUUGUGUCCAUCAAGAAGAAAUCCUGUGGCUUGUGCAUGGUGUAACACAAAUGGACCAACAGAAGCACUCUGUAAUACUAAUGCAACCGGUGCAAAUGGAACUGACGACCCUGUAAACACUGCCACCGACACAUCUGGGGAUGAUUGCCUGUGGUAUAGUGACACGAACAUUUGUCUGAAUGACGAGGGGACCUCUACUGGAUGA